GAAGCCUAAAGUACUAUGUUGGCUGCCGUGGUUCUUCUCAGCUUGGUGUCCUUGUCCUGUGCUGCUGUCCAUUCCCUUAAGUACUUCUACACAUCCACAUCUGGAAUCUCAGAUUUCCCAGAAUUCAUCGGUGUAGGACAAGUUGACAACAUAGAGAUCAGCUACUAUGACAGCACCUCAAAGGAAGCGGUCCCCAGACAGAAAUGGAUGACACUUGAUCACAACUACUGGUGGACAGAGACCCAGGUGGCUAUGGGCUAUGAGCGAGCUUUCAAAAUAGACAUGAACAUUUUGAAGGACCGCCUCAAUCAGACUCAUGGGGUGCAUGUUCUUCAGAAGAUGUAUGGCUGCUGGUGGGAUGACGAGAGUGGAGCCAUUGGUGGUUCUGAACAGUUUGGCUAUGAUGGGGAGGAUUUCAUGGUACUAGAAAUGCACAACAUGAAAUGGAUCGCAUCCGUGCCACAGGCACAUUUUACCACAAACAAGUGGAAUAGGAUGGAGGAUACAUUGUUAUACAGGAAGGAUUAUUUCCACAACAUUUGUGUCAACUGGCUGAAUAAAUAUCUUCACUAUGGGGACAGCACACUGAGGAGGACAGUCCGUCCAUCUGUGUCUCUUGUCCAGAAGCGGCCUUAUGUAGUGCGCCAUGCCACAGGCUUCUACCCUGAGCAAGUGGUGAUGACAUGGAGGACAGACGGAGAAGAGAUAGAGGACGAUGUGGAUGUAGAUGAGACACUGCCCAAUGAGGAUGGAACCUUCCAGAAGAAAACUGAGCUCAAAUAA